CUAUGCCUAGAUCAACGAUACCGUGACCGUAUCCGAGAGACCGAGAACCGAGAAUACCUAUCGGACCGUAUCAAAAGAAAUUGUGUCUCGUUAGAAUAUGUAAAUAAUGGAAAAUGGAGAAAUUAUCAAUAAAAAAUAUGCAUGUAUUAAUUGUGGAAACUACGUGAAAUCUCUUUAUAAAAAAUAUAGUGCAAAUGUACUGAAAUUAACAGAAUGUGAUUACUGUAGAAAUGUAGCUGACAAAUAUGUAGAAUAUGAUACGGUUAUUAUUAUCAUAGAUUUGAUUUUGCUUAGGAUCAUCGCUUACAGGCACUUUUUAUUUAAUUUUAAAUUUAAGAGCUACUGGAAAUUAUCUCUAGUAUUAUUAAUUAUAGAAACCUAUUCAAACUGGAUAGUUACAAAAAAAGGAACAUCCAAAUUUGAAGUGAAUGAUACUAAACCAUAUUUGCAAGAAACGUAUAUAUAUCUUGAUGACUUUAGAUUUUAUAAAAUGAGUUUGAUACUUGCAAUAGGAACAGCAAGUUUUAUAAUUCUUACGUAUUUUCUAACCAAGGUUCAUACAUAUUUCUAUGCCAGAGAACAUAUUGGAUUCACUUCAGUAUUUAAAGCUAUUACACUCUCUAGUUGUGGAAUGUUUUUACUGCUCCCAUCAUUAAUAUGGGAUAUAAGUGUUCAUGAAUAUCAUAUGAUAUUUAUAUCACUUUAUACCACCCUCUCUCAGUUAAUAGCUCAUAGAGCGCUUUGCGGCUGUGAAAAAAUGUGGAGUAUAAUCAUAAUAUUUUCAUCAUAUAUUCUUAAGACAUAUGUAACAGAAUACUUUGGAUCGUAUCAACUACUUUCUAUGAUUAAAAUUAUAUGACUGAUAUGACAAUGAAUUGACAUUAAAUUGCAUAUUUCAAA